GAAACCGUCUAACCUAACAUUUCGUACUUACACACGUCAAACCUUUCAACCACAUGGGAAAGUACAAGUAAUGGUUCAAUACCACAAUAAUCAAAAUCCCACAUUAGAGGAUCUAUACGUAGUGCCUGAGGGGAAAUCGAUAAACAGACCAGUAAAAAAUUAACACAAAUCCAUAGUGAUUACAUAAAUUCAAUUGAGUCGGUGCGUGAACAAUUUCCCAAUAUCUUCGAACAAAAAGUGGGAUGCGUUCCGAAUGUAGUGAUUAAGUUAGCGCUUCGCGAUAAUGUCAAACCUGUGUACACACGAGAACGGAGUGUUGCAUAUGCGUUACGCGAUAAAGUUAGUCACGAAUUAGAAAUGUUAGAAUCUGCCGGAAUUAUAAGUAAAUGUGAUGUAAGUGACUGGGGUUCACCACUUGUGGUGGUACAAAAACCACAAGGAGGAGUGCGGCUUUGUGUCGAUUAUAAAGUUGCCGUAAAUGACAGUUUAGUGAACGUGAACUACCCCAUUAAGCGCGUAGACGAAGUCCUUAACAGUUUGCGGGAUUCGUCUUACUUCUGUAGACUCGACCUUUAUAAGGCAUAUUUACAUUUACGUGUAGACAAAGACAGCAGUGUAAUACAAACUAUGUCUACCCACCAGGGGACAUAUCAUGUAAAUCGUUUGAGUUUCGGAAUUAAAACGGCUCCAGCUGAGUUUAACCGAGUCAUUGAUCAGAUUCUACGGGACUGUCCAAAAACAACCUCAUAUUUUGACGACAUAAUUGUGCAUGGUAACUCUUACAAAGAAUGCUACAGCAAUUUAAUUAAAUGCUUAACCAAAUUGCAAGAAAACGAUCUUCACCUGAACGAGGCAAAGUGCAGUUUUUUUCAGAACGAAAUCGAGUAUCUAGGAUACAUCAUAAGAAAAAACACCAUUGCAAAGUCACCCGAUAAGGUAAAAGCCAUAUUGAACAUACCUAAUCCGAAAAAUGUUGCAGAUGUCCGGCGAUUUCUCGGCAUGAUAACUUAUUACGCAAGAUUACUCCCAAAUCUAUCGAGCAUGACUGCACCUUUACGAAAAUUAUUACAACACGAUAAUCAGUUCUUAUGGAAUCAAGAGUGCAACCAAGCAUUCAACAAUUUGAAAAUGGAAAUUGCCAGUGACCGAGUUGUUGUACCGUAUGACCCCGAGCAACCAGUUUUAUUAACCACCGAUGCCAGUCCAUAUGGAAUUGCAGCUGUGUUAUCCCAUUCUACAGCCAACGAUGAACGUCCAAUUGCAUUUGCGUCCCGAUCCUUAACCAGGGCCGAGCAGAAUUAUUCCCAGCUCGAUCGAGAAGCAUUGGCGAUCGUUUAUGGUGUUAGUCAUUUUCAACAGUAUUUAAUUGGAAAAAGCUUUACAUUGAGCACCGACAAUCAACCUUUAGUGCGGAUUUUUAACUCGAAAUCAAAAGCAUCGAAAACCACAUCGUCACGCCUCAUUCGCUACGCUUCAUUUUUAUCAACGUUUGAUUAUAAAGUACAGUUUAAGAAAGGCAUCGAUAACACCAACGCUGAUUGUUUAUCACGAGCACCACUACAUGAUGACAAAGGAAAAAUUGAAACAGCAUUUGACGAAGAACUCGAUCAAGUUAACCACGAACAGGUAUUCAAUAUCUCGACAGACCAAAUGGGAUAUGAGCGUAUAAAGUACGAGACUGGAAGGGAUUCCGAACUGUGCAAAAUUAUCGAACAAAUGAAGACUCAACGCAUCGAAUCUGAAUUCCUUUUAAACGACGGAGUCUUAUACAGGAGCCAUAGGAUUGUCAUACCGAAGACAAUGCAAGCUGAUAUUUUAAACGACUUACACUCAACACACCUAGGGAGCACCAAAAUGAAACAGCUGGCACGACGCUAUUGUUAUUGGCAAAACAUCGACAAAGAAAUUGAAAACAUCGUUCGAGCAUGUGAAGAAUGCAAGAAAAGGCUCCAUUCACCACCCAAAGCUGAAGUUCAUCGCUGGGAACUACCUCAAGAGAAUUGGGACAGAGUACAUAUCGACUACGCAGGACCCAUCGAUCAUGUCUACAUCCUCUUAUGCAUAGAUGCGAAGUCAAGGUGGGCCGAAAUGGAAGUCCUACGAGAACAUCCUAAUUCAGAAAACACCAUGGAACUUUUAAACAGAAUUUUCUCUCGAAAUGGAUAUCCAAAAGAAAUGGUAUCAGACAAUGCCACAAUUUUCACGAGUAACGAGUUCAGAACGUAUUGUAAGAAUAACGCUAUUUUCCAAAAAUUUAUCGCACCAGGACAUCCUGCCACGAACGGACUGGCCGAGAGAAAUGUACAAACUCUCAAAAACAAAUUAAAAUCAAUGUCAACGGAAAGGAUCCCAUUGGAAACAAAAAUUAUGAAAAUAUUAUUCCGAUAUCGAGCGACACCGUUACUAAAUGGAAAGACACCAGCAGAACAAUAUUUAAACAGAAAAUUCAGAAUCCGUUUAGACUCAAUGUUUCUUCAUAUUCCUACACCGAAUCAAGACCUGCAAAAACGUCGUGCACGUUCACAUCAAGCGGGAGAGGACAUUGUAGCCGAAUUUUACAUACAAAACAAACGGACCUGGAAGCCAGGAACGGUAGUAAAAUGCCUAGGGAAAUUACAUUACCUUGUCCGAUUAGAAAACGACCGAAUAGUGAAACGACACGUAAACCAGCUCAGAAGAAAUGCACCUAAGCAAGUAACCUUCAACCUACCAGAGGAGCCACAAAUCCAAAAACCAUUGGAAUAUGAAGAAGAAUACCAACCUGCCAUUUUACCACGUAGUUUAGAUCGACAAGAAAUGGAGCAGAUUCUGAUUCCAGAAGCAGAUCGUCCAGAACCACCACGAAGAUCAAAUCGAAACCAUAGACCACCACCCUACCUGAGCGAUUACCAGAUGAAUUAUAUAGCAGGGGAGACUGUAGUGAAUAUUAAGAGGUCUCCACUGGAGAAAAAAACAAGCGUACCAACUGACGCUUCCAGUUAGUUUUUUUUGUACGUGCAGUGACAUGUUAGAUUUUUAAUGUGAAUAAAAAUAUAUAACUUU